CAUUCUGCCUUAGCCUUUUAGAGUUWAGGUACUAUUUAGUAUUUAUUUUAUUUCUUUGCAUCAUGAAUGAAAUGAAGAACACUCCAAAUUUGCCGAAAUUGUAUUAUUGAACCGCUGUUGAUGCGGCCCAUCAAGUAAAACCAUAAUUUUAAAAAAUAUCUGAGGUUGCAAACCAAGUGCAACAAAAUGCCGUCAGAAUCUAAGAUUCCUGCCCAAAUGGAGAAACCUAAUCAUUAUUCAUAUUUAAAAGAGUUUCGUGUUGAGCAGUGUCCAUUGUUUUUACAACACAAAUGUACACAACAUAGACCCUAUACUUGUUUCAAUUGGCAUUUUAUGAAUCAGCGACGUCGUAGACCAGUAAGAAAAAGAGAUGGGACAUUUAACUAUAGUGCAGAUGAUUAUUGUACACAAUAUGAUGAGACCACUGGAGUUUGUACUAAAGGAGACGAGUGCCAAUAUUUACACCGAACAGCUGGGGAUACCGAAAGACGUUACCAUUUGCGAUAUUAUAAGACAUGCAUGUGUGUUCAUGAUACUGACAGUAGGGGAUUUUGCACAAAAAAUGGGCCACAUUGUGCUUUUGCACAUGGGAAUCAUGAUUUAAGACCACCUGUAUAUGAUAUUAACGAGCAAAAGGUAACUGAAAAUGAUGAUGAUAAUAAUGUAGAUUUAGAUGGACCAAAUGUAUUAGAUAAAGAAAAAAAUUUAAUGAAUGAAGAUCCUAAAUGGCAGGAUACUAAUUUUGUUUUAUCAAAUUAUAAAACUGACCAGUGUCAACGUCCUCCUCGUCUUUGUCGACAAGGAUAUGCAUGUCCUCAAUAUCAUAAUAGUAGAGACAAGAGAAGAAAUCCAAGGAAAUACAAGUACAGGUCUACUCCGUGUCCUAGCGUAAAACAUGGAGAUGAAUGGGGCGAGCCAAGUAAUUGUGAAAGUGGCGACUCAUGUGCAUAUUGUCACACUAGAACCGAACAACAGUUUCACCCUGAAAUAUAUAAGUCUACAAAAUGUAAUGAUGUACAACAAGCUGGAUAUUGUCCUCGCGGAGUGUUUUGUGCUUUUGCACAUGUUGAUCAGGAAAUGAUUAUUGCUCGUGAAUCAGCUGCUGGAUUAGAUUCUUCAACAGAUUUAGCGGAUAUAUUAUCUAAUGCUGUACCUUCAAUAGGGACAGAAUGUAUAAGAUCUCCGGUAAAAAAAAUUGAUAAUGACAAAAAUAGUUCAUCGAAUGGAAGUGGGGAUCUUUCAGAAUGCACUUCAAGUAUUGGCUCUCCUAAUAAAGCUCCUGGUGCCCAUUUGUCUAGAUCUGAAUUUAAUGUACAACAAUUUCAAAUAGCCCAUGAAGACACGAUACAAGCUCUAUUAAAUUCAUUUGAUUCUCAAUCAUUGUUACCUAAUGUUGAACCACAAAGAAGACAUAGUUCCAUAUUCGGACCUGUUGUAUCUAAUGGUAAUAGUAACUCAUCAUAUAUGAAUCAUUUUUCUUCUUAUCAACCUACAACUACAAUGAAUGGAAAUUUAGAUGAUUUAGUCAUGGAAGAUAAUUUAAAUUUCUCUGUUGAUCGAGAAAAUGAAUCUCCAAUAUUAAAUAAUCCUCUAUCUUCAAGUUUACAAGCUUCUGAUAUUUUAGGAAGUUCAGCUCCAGUUAAUAUUCCUCUUACACGCCAUAAUAGUAUUGGUCAUUUUUCUCCAACAAUAGCUUCUCCAUUAAAACAUAUGCAAAACAAUAUGAUACAAAAAUCUAGGUAUAACCAACAAGAUGGUUUAGGUCAUUUAAAUAUUGUUACUGGUAACAAUUAUGGCUCAACUGGUUUGUUUGGUAUUGGUUCUCCAGGAACCACAAACACAUUUCCAAUUAGUCCUUCAAAUUCAAAUGAAGUUCAAAGAUUGCAAGAAGAAUUAUUAAACUGUAGAUCUAAAUUAGUGUCUUGGGAAUCUGAACGAAUGUCACAAGUUAGAUGCACUUAUGAAGCAUGGCAAAGAGAGACUGAAGAUUCAAAUAAUAAAUUAAAAAUUGCUGAACAACAAAGAGAUGAAGCUAUCAAUCAAGCAAAAUCAUUACAACAAGAAGUAGAUUUAUUACAAGGUUCACCUUAUCUUCACGGACUACGUAGGGUCUCAGAAAUUAGAAAUUUAUCAUUAUCUGUAUUAAAGUCAUUACAGAGUCAAAUGAGAAAUGAUUUAGAAGAAAUCGAAAAGGUUUUAUACUUACAAACUGCUACCAAAUGCAUGUUAUGCGAAGAGCGUAAUAGAAGUGUCACAUUGGGACCUUGUAAUCACUUUGUGUUGUGUAAUCAGUGUGUAGAAACGAUUAAAGAUUGUCCAUAUUGCUCGACUCCUGUCUUAUCUCAUACUAAUACAUCAACAACACAGGCAUAGAUUAAAAAUUAUAUAUUUUAAGCAAUCAAAAACUUAAUAAUAAUAUUUGAUAAAUUAACAAAAACUUUAAAAA